AUGGAGCUACGCGACGGGACAAUAGCAAAGGACACAGCAGGCAGCAGCGCCAGCGACCACCCAACAACCAUGCAUGGGGAAGGCAGCCAGGACGCAAUGCUGGACGACAGCGAGUUUCAGGAGCCCACAGAGAUGGCAGCGCGGCUUUCGCAAAUAGCAACAAUAGAUGACACGGACUUGGAUGAGUCCGGGUCGUCCUCGGAGGACGAGAGCAAGAGCGAAGCGGGGAUCGGCGGUAUAGAGGAAGAAGGGUCGGGGGGAUUUUUCGUUGACUUUGAGGAGAUCGAAGCGGAUGAAGACGUGGAGCGGCUGAUAUCGCAGAACCACACGCCGGCGGCGUCGACGCGGCAGUCGCCGGUGGCUAUGCGUGGGGUGGAGCGGAUAGUAGGGGAGGAGCACAAGACAGCGGCGGCGGGACACUCGAGCGAUGAUGAGGAGUUUGAGUCGAUUCCAGCACUGGACGGGAGCGAGCAGACGGUGGGCGGAGUGGCAGAGACUACUGUGCUGGAUCGGAUGCAGCAAGAUUUCCGCGACAGACAUGUGCCCAAAGUCGCGCAGGGGCGGUUUUUCGACGUGGAAGUUUAUAAGCGGUACACGGUUGUGAAAGCGCAGUCGGCAGCAGUCAGUGAGCCAAAGGAAGCAGGGCCGGCGGCAGUUGCGCCAGCGGCAGUUGCGCCAGCGGUAUCGGCAGUCCACCACCACCAGAAGCCGUCGUCUCUGCGGUCGCAUGGGGCGGCAGGUGCAGGAAGCGAGGUCCCAAAGGAGGCGGCGGGAGGGAAUAGCACAGGAUCCGAGGACGUGCAGGGAGCAGCAAAGACACGGGCAGUGGCUAGUGAGGGAGAUGAUGUGGUGGGGGCGCUGCUGGGGGCAAUGAAGUCGCCGGGGUUAGCAAAGACAGGCACCGAGGCAAUGGUGAGCCGGAUGCGCCAGGCAUCGCCGUUGGCACAUGUGGGCGAGGCAGCGGCGGUGGAGGCAAGCAAUGAGAAGCCGGGGGAGGUGCCUAAUGACCUGCUGGUGGCGAUGCAGGCGAUCGAGGGCACAGCGCCAGCAGUCGCUCCAGAGCAGCAGCAGCAGCAGCAGCAACCGGCAGUAGGGGACAGUGGCAAGACGGCCAAGGAGCUGGCGGCGCUGCUUCCUCGAGAAUACAGCGGGCCGUUCUCGCAGCUGGCGGCGGCCGAGCACGUGUGGUACUUGAAGCAGACGCAUCGGGCGAAGGCGGGCGAGACGCUGGCACACAAGGAGAUGCAGGAGCUGAGCCGGUUGCGGGGACGGGUGGAGACGGAGCAGCAGCGGUUCCGGCAGCAGAGCCGCGAGGCAGUGGCGCCGCGGCUCGGGUUUAUCAGCACGGCGGUCAAGCAGUGGGCAGCGGCAGAGCUGGAGCGGCAGCGGGCGCGGGCACUGGCCAUAUAUGGGCGGCGGUACCGGGCAGUGCACGUGACGCCGAUCCGGCCGACGACGCCGGGGUAUGUGCAGUUCGAGUACAGCGACACGCUGCUGCAGCGCGGGUCGUGUGCCAGGGUCGCGUGGGAGCAGGUAUCCAGCGGCGACAUUGCGCAGGCGGAUCCGUGGGUGGACGGGGCGGUGGCUCCAGCGAUGUCGCAGGAUGCGUGUGCGAUGCAGCUGGCAGGGCUGGCGAGGGCCGACGUGUCGCUGGCGCUGGGGGCACUGGAGGCGCUGCUGACGCUGGCGCAAGCGUUUGCACGCGACGUGAUGAUUCCGUUCGAAAUCCGCGAGACAGACGGCAGGCGCGUGCUGGUGGUGGACUCGCCGCUGGCGUCGGCCCAGGCAGCAACGCCGCGGAUGCUCAACCAGGAGUUCUAUGGGGCGGCGGCGGCGGCUCGGGCAGUGAGCGGCGGCAGUGCAGACAUGGACCUGCGUCGCGGCUCGAUGCUGGGGCGGGUGGAGGGCGGCUCGGGGGCAGAGAGCGGCAAUGCGAGCUACACGCUGUGGGAGUUUGGCGGGCUGCGGGUGCUGGUGCGGUCACGGGUGCAUGGGUUUGCCACGGGCGAGGGAGGGCGUGUGGCGACGGUGACGCUGAAGACGAAGCUGGAGUACCAGCGCGGGCUGGGCGCGGCGGGCGAGGAGGUGACGGAGACAGAGCGGCUUGCGUGGUGGCUCGGCAGCUACAUGCGCGGCAGCCCGUCGGAGGUGUGGGUGACGCAUGUGGAUGUGGGCGCGGGGCAGGCGGUGCGGGCGACACGGGUCGGCUCGGGCGAUCUGUACGAGUGCACGUCGCCGGGCACCAGUCCGUCGACGCGCGGGGUGCGCGAGCUGCUGCGCGAGCUGCUGGGGCUGGCGGCGGGGCAGUACAUGCUGGUGCAUCGCAAGCGCACCUGGGAUGCGACUGUCUACCGCGCAGCCGACGAUGCGGGCGGGCCGGGCGGGGCGGUGCUGGACCUGGGAGCCGAGCUGGCGGGCGGCAGCGAGCCGACGCUGGAGGCUGAUAUCGACAGCGACUACGUGGCCGGGGCGUGGCAGGCGGCGGUGCCUGGGCAGAUUCCAAACACGUACCCGCCAGCCGACCUGGCCGAGUGGGUGCAGGCCGAGCAGCAGGCAGGCAGUGCCAAGCCGCGCGGCGGCAAGCGCAGGCGUGGGGGCAGCGGGCGGAGCCGGAGCAAGCGGUCCAAGCGCUGA